AUGAAGCUGGCGUCGGUUCAGCGGCAGCUCGCCAAGGCCGCGCGCACCACCAUCGCCAAGAUGCCAAAGCCGCGGCCCAGCUAUGUGCACGGGGCUUCCGAUAUUCCGCUGUUGCACGAUACGAUGGCGACCGUCUUCCAGGCCGUCGAGCAGGUGCCAUCCGAAGAGUUCGCCCACUUUCGCCACCAACAAAUCCGCCGCACCACGAGUGCUCCUACCACACAUGACGUCCGCCAACUGGCCCGCGGCUUCAUCCGUCUGGGGCUUCAGCCUGGCGACCGGCAUGCCGCUGCACUGGCCGGCCUCAUUCAGGUGAACGUCAACCCGGCCUACCAGAUUGAGGAGCUGAAAUACGCGCUCAACAAGGUGGGUGUUCGUGCCCUUGUCACCCCGCGCUCCUUCCGAAAAUCCGACUACUACGGCACGCUCGAUAAGUUAGUCCCGGGCCUCUCAUCACAGCCGGAGGGCCAAGGAGCCGUCCGUACCACUGAAUUGCCCCAACUCGAACAUAUCAUCAUCAUCAACGAGGCCAAACCCCUGCCG